GAGCGACAAGACCCCCACAAUGGCUCGGUGCAAAUCGGUGGUGAUGGUGGUGUGCCUGCUGCACAUGGCUUCCAUCGGCGCGGGGGAGGCCGCGUACGGCCACCCCAAGGCAAAGCGCGGCAUCUCCACAGCGAGCAUCGGCCACGGCCUCGGCCUCAGCUCCGGCAUAAGCCUCGGCUCCAGCCUGGGCCUCGGACACGGCGGUGCCCUGCUGUCGUCGAGCCUCGGCCACGGCGCACUAUUGUCUUCCGGCUACGGCCUCAGCGGCCACGGCCUCAGCGGCUACGGCCUCAGCGGCUACGGCCUCAGCGGCUACGGCCUCAGCGGCUAUGGCCUCAGCGGCUAUGGCCUCAGCGGCUACGGACUCGGCGGCGGCUAUGGUCUUGGAGGCCUGGGCGCCGGUGUAUUAGCCGGAGGCUCCGUCGGGCUCGGCCAGGUGGCCGUCAGCGCCCCGACCCGCACCGUAUCCACCGUCAACCAAGUGGUGCCGUACGCAGUGGCGCAGCCCUACGCCGUCACCGUCAACCGCCCCGUGCCCGUGUCCGUCCCCCAGCCCUACCCGGUGGCCGUCCCCAGAGCAGUCCCCGUGCCCGUGCCGCACCCCGUGCCAGUCGACGUGCCGCGCGCCGUGCCCGUGGAGGUGCCCAGGGCCGUGGCGGUACCCGUCGCCCAGCCGGUGGCCGUGAAGGUCCCCCAGCCCGUGGCCGUCUCUGUGCCGCACCCUGUCCCCGUGGAGGUGCAGCAGCCCGUCCCAGUGCCCGUUGCGCAACCCUACGCCGUGGCGGUGCAGCACGGCAUCAGCGCGGUCUCACACGGAGGCUACGGCGGCUACGGAGGGAUCAUCGGCCAGGGAGGCCUCAUCGGCCACGGCGGGAUCAUCGCGGACGUUAGCGGGCACGGCGUGAGCUCAGGGAUCAGUAGUGGACACUCAAACCUGAUCCACCACCACUGAGCUCCGCCCCGCUCCGCAGCCCACAGAGGGUUUGUACUGUCUAGUCACACGUAACAGUGCUGAUCAUCGAAAUCGACUGAAAAUUAUUGCCAAGUGGUUGGUGGUGGCAGUAAUGUAAUACACCGGUGAAUGCAAUAAAGAAGAGGAUUGGGGGAUAAUUAUAGACC